UACCUGGUUAAAGAAUAAAGAGAUGGGACAGCUCGAGGACGGUGCUGUUUCACAUCAGGGGAAAUGUCCGGCGAAUGCACUGUCACAGUUUUACGGAAUAUGAAAAUACAUGGAGUCAUUUGAGAGCCAUGCGUUUUCUCCCACAGUUGGCAGGCAGGUAUUUUCCUACAGCCCGGCGCCGCACAGGGAAAGCAUUUUAUUUGGCACCGCCGCUGGCUGGUGAUUUAGCAUGAAUGCUAGCUAACUAAUGAACAACACGCAUGUUUAUAUUUGUCUACAGAGGCAACGUUAACAGGCAGCGGUAGAGGGUUUGUUCAAUUUCACGAAUUGCCGUUAUCCGCCUCAUGGGGGUAUACACUCAUGUCUGUCCAUAAAUCAGAUCAUCCAAACUCUGAAGUGACUUACGUGUUAGCUGACAUGUACUACAUCGUUAAAAGCAUCCGCGGGGAGAAGUGACAUUUCUUUUUAAACUCAACAUUAAUUUUACAAGUGUGGUGGACCCUUUAUCCUGCAUUUUGUUUUGUAGGCAGGUGAAAUACACUUCAGGUAUGCACUGUCGGGCAGGGUAAAUAUUUCUAAAUGAAAUGGACCGGCUCUUCAGACAGGACCGACCCUGGACUGUCACACUCCGGCUGUGUGUUACUGUGGACCUAGCUGAGAGUGUUAACCCAGGCCAGCCCUCAGACCUGACGGCUCUUCUUCACCAUGGGACACUAAACCAGCACACACUCUUCAUCCGACUGUGAGGACAUCGCGGCUUGGUGUCCACCCGCCUCUCCCUAGUUCUGUAUUGUAACCUUCCCAGUCGGUCUGUGAGAGGAUGGUUGGACCAGCAGGGAAGCAGUCAUGACAAAGCACGUCUGUGGUCUGCCAGCUCUUAAGCCACAUUAUGUUUUUUUGAAGUGGACACAGACAGAAGUAUUACACAACCUCAUUUUCCAAAGAGUUCUCACACAAAGGACCAGUGCAUUGCUGUACAGGGGACCUUAUCUGAGCUGCUUGUAGAUUUCUGUUGGUACUGUCAUCUGAGACACCUGUGAUAACAUUACUUUAUUGUGCUAAAAUCUAAUCGGUGGAAUUGAUAUUUUCCACAUUGGACACAGAUCCUCUUCUCGGAGUGCGUGGAGAAGAGAUCAUUUUAUCAAAAGCAUUCCUGUUUUUUGUCAUCCCACCAAGAAAGAACUUUUAAAACCAUGCAGUGAAGACUGAACUGGAAGCCUUAGCAAGAGUCAAGUUUACACAGAGUCAGCCAUGCCUAUCAGAAAAAAAGACACAGCUCGAGCCCUGGGGCUUUUGGAGGAGUACUGCACUAAACUGAGGAAGCCGGAGGAGCAGCAGCUCAAAACUGCCAUUCUCAGAGUAAUGGGGAUUUUCAAAAGCAACCUGUUUGAAGCUCUUCUUGAUAUCCAGGAGUUUUAUGAAGUGACGCUGCUAAACACACAGAAGAGCUGUGAGCAAAAGCUGGAGGAGGUCAACCACAUGGCGGACAAGUGGGAGAAGAAUGGUUCAAUACAAAACUCUGAGCUUGCACACUCUGUCUUUCAAGUGGAGGAGCAGAGGGAGCAAAGCACCUCAGAACCCAGCGGGAUGGAGAAGUGCGAGAUCAGCACCAAGACCUCUGAGAACAGGCCACCAACGGUACAGGGGUCCCCCCACAACGGCCAACCCCCACCCUGCAUGAACCCUGCCUUGAUGAACGCUCCUUGGCAGUACCACUACCAAGAAGACGACUCGCCGCCUCUGGACCAGGGAUUCCCGCGACUCACCAACGAGGUGCGCGCCCCUGAGCUGGUGCAUGUGUCCGAGAAGAACCUGUCUGAGAUCGAGAAUGUCCACGGCUAUGUGUCCCAUUCCCACAUCUCUCCUCUCAAGCCUGCACUGGUUACCCGUUUUGAUCUUGCAUACCCGGGUGUGACCACAGCAAACUACAUGGCCAGCCCUGCUCCGAUAAUCGUCAACACAGACACUUUGGAGUCAGUUCCUUAUGUCAACGGUGCAGAAAUUGAAUAUGAGUUUGAGGAAAUCACUCUAGAGCGGGGUAACUCAGGGUUGGGCUUUAGCAUUGCGGGAGGGACAGAUAAUCCACACAUCGGUGACGACCCCGGCAUCUUCAUCACUAAAAUCAUCCCUGGAGGAGCUGCAGCAGAGGAUGGUCGACUGAGAGUAAACGACUGCAUCUUACGGGUGAAUGAUGCAGACGUGUCUGAAGUUUCUCACAGUAAGGCAGUAGAAGCCCUGAAGGUUGCAGGUUCUAUUGUUCGGCUGUAUGUGCGGCGCCGCAGGCCAAUGCUAGAGACCAUCAUUGAGAUCAAACUCAUCAAAGGACCAAAAGGGCUUGGCUUCAGUAUUGCAGGUGGAGUUGGAAACCAGCACAUCCCUGGUGACGACAGCAUAUAUGUCACCAAGAUCAUUGAUGGUGGUGCAGCUCAGAAGGAUUGCAGGCUACAAGUAGGAGAUAGGCUGUUAAUGGUGAAUAACUACAGCCUGGAGGAAGUGUCUCAUGAAGAAGCUGUGGCCAUUUUGAAGAACACGUCGGACGUGGUAUACCUAAAGGUGGGAAAGCCCACCAAUGUCUACCUAUCAGAUCCCUAUGGGCCUCCUGAUAUCACACACUCUUUCUCUCCAGCCAUGGAAAAUCAUAUCUCUUCCCCCAUCAACAGUGGUACUCUGGAGUACAAGUCUGGUCUCCCGCCCAUCUCCCCCAGGAGUUAUUCCCCCCUCCCGAAGCACUUACUUGGGGAAGAGGAUAUAAACAGGUUGGAUGGUUUUUCCUUCUUACGAAAUCCCUCGUUGGAUGACGGGGAGAGUCAAAGGUUUGAUUCCCAGCACUUCCAGUUGAGGCCUCCUGAGCCAGUUUACAGCACUGUGAACAAACUAUGUGACAAAGCACCCUCCCCCCGACACUAUUCCCCAGUGGAGUGCGACAAAAGCCUCCUCCACUCCGCCCCCCUCCCAUAUCACUUAAGCCUGUUCCCUGACUCGGACAUCACCAGGGAACCUAGGAAGGUUGUGCUCCACAAAGGCUCCACGGGCCUGGGCUUCAACAUCGUGGGCGGUGAAGACGGCGAGGGCAUCUUUGUGUCCUUCAUCCUGGCAGGAGGGCCCGCUGACCUGAGCGGAGAGCUGAGGCGAGGGGACCAGAUCUUAUCGGUCAAUGGUAUUGACCUACGAGGAGCCACACAUGAACAAGCAGCAGCAGCACUGAAAGGAGCUGGGCAGGUGGUCACCAUCAUUGGCCAGUACAGACCAGAAGAGUACGGGCGUUUUGAGGCCAAAAUCCAUGACCUGCGGGAACAGAUGAUGAACCACAGUAUGAGCUCCGGGUCAGGAUCCCUGCGUACCAAUCAAAAGAGGUCGCUCUAUGUGAGGGCACUGUUUGACUAUGAGAAGUCAAAGGACAGCGGCCUCCCCAGCCAAGGGCUCAGCUUCAGGUAUGGGGACAUCCUCCACGUCAUCAACGCCUCAGAUGAUGAGUGGUGGCAGGCCCGCCGUGUCACCCCACAUGGAGACAGUGAGGAAAUGGGUGUCAUCCCUAGCAAAAGGCGGGUGGAAAGGAAAGAGCGAGCGCGUCUAAAGACUGUGAAAUUCAAUGCAAAGCCAGGGUCAUUUGAUUCAAAAGGGUCAUUCAAUGACAAACGUAAAAAGAAUUUCAUCUUUACACGAAAGUUCCCAUUCUACAAGAACAAAGAGGGUGAGCAGGAUGGCAGUGAUUCAGACCGGAGUCAAGAGGACAUGAUUCUCUCGUAUGAACCUGUGAUGCGGCAAGAAAUUCAUUAUGCCAGACCCGUCAUAAUCCUGGGACCGUUGAAGGACAGAAUCAACGAUGAUCUGAUAUCAGAAUUCCCAGACAAGUUUGGAUCUUGUGUACCACAUACCACUCGGCCGAAGAGGGACUACGAGGUGGAUGGGCGAGACUACCACUUUGUGAUGUCCAGAGAGCAGAUGGAGAAGGACAUCCAAGAGCACAAGUUCAUCGAGGCAGGACAGUACAAUGAAAAUCUGUAUGGAACGAGUGUCCAGUCUGUGAAAUAUGUGGCUGAAAGGGGUAAACACUGCAUUCUGGAUGUGUCUGGAAAUGCCAUCAAACGACUACAAGUAGCACAACUCUACCCCAUCGCCAUCUUCCUAAAACCUAAGUCAAUUGAUACAUUAAUGGACAUGAAUAAGAGACUGACAGAGGAACAAGCCAAGAAGACGUUCGACAGGGCAAUGAAGCUGGAGCAGGAGUUUGGUGAAUUUUUCACAGCGCUGGUUCAAGGAGACACCUUAGAGGACAUUUAUAACCACUGCAAACAGGUCAUAGAAGAACAUUCAGGACCCUAUAUCUGGAUCCCCUCGAAGGAGAAACUAUAAUAACUCAUCACCCUUGAAGGGAGUCCGGACUGCUAGAAACUAGUAUUAAGUUAAAAUAUGAUAACUGUAUGGCAAUGAAUAGUCUUCAUAAAUUAUUAUUGUGUAUAUGUUUCAUGUUUCAUUUUUCGUUUUUUCACUUUUGUUUGUUUAUUGCUUCAUUUUUCACUCAACGUGAAUGUUCCUGAAUGUAUUCCACAAAGUGUUAGUAAGUUUUAUGUCUUGAAAUAUUGUAUUUCGUUUGUAUAUUUGUUGAUUUUUAUUUGAACAAAAAGGAAAAGAAAUGUAACGGAAAUUAAAUAAAUCUGGGUAUGUGUCCACAUACCCAGAUUUAUUUAAUCUGGGUAUGUGGAACUAUGUGGAACUUCAAACAGGAAACUAGAGGUUGCAUAUGCAGUGCAGAUUUCUGUGCUUCACUAACAUAGGAAGUAGAUUUUCCAGCUGCGACACCCUCACACACUGCAACAACUAGCAAAUAAUAAUCAUAUGAAGUUUAAUGUUUUUCAUUCUGAUUUGCAUCUAUGCAUCCCUUGAACACAUUGUGUUUGUUUACAUCGUCAUUUCUUCCUUGAAUUACUGAAUUUAUUUUUCUGACUUGUCAGAGGAUGUGUGAGGAAAAUGCUUUGUUCGCUGUAAGACUUUCAUGUUUUUUUGAUUUAAAAGCUGACAUUUCUCAUCAAGCCGUUGCAUUGACAAUGAUUAAAGGGAGGAAGCUGCUAUUGGCAAUGGAGAUGUAACACUAUAUUUUGCUACUUAAAUUGCUAGGGGGCACAAAAGCACAUAACUAUUUAUUGUUGAAAAUAUAACUUUGAUUAAAAGGUCAUUCAAAGAGCAUAUUUUAUUUGAAUGAUGUAUGUUAUGACUGUGUUAGGAUGGAUGGGAAUAUUUUGGUGAAAGACAUUUGAUGCUCACAGUAUGUUGUAGACUUGGAGUCAAAUAGAAAUUUAAUUUAAUACUGAAAUACAUUUUUGUCUUUUGAAACUAAAGGACAGUGAAGAAAAAGAAUACAAAUAAAGGACCAAUAAUAGUAUAAAAGCAGAGAUUGCAGAACAUGAAAGUAAAGUAAAAUCAUACAUUUCAUUAAAUGCAGUUAUGUAUCAGAUAUUGAUAUUCUGAAGCAACUUUAUGAAGUCAUUAAGGAUUUAAAAGACUAAACAGGUGAGGUUUUCAGCUUUGCUUUGAAGAGGACGCAGAUAGCUUGUUCCCUGAGUCUUAAUGAGAAAGGUUUGAUAAUAAUAAUUGGAUUUAUAGUUUGGGAAGAUCCAACGCAGUCUGACAAUGUCUGUGUUUCCCUGUUGAACUGCAGUGGAGGGAUUGUUGUACAAAAAAAAUUAAACUUUGGAAGAUACACAAUUGAUUUGUCUAACUCCGACUGCUAAAGCGUAAUAUUACUUUCAGAUAAUCUUUUGAAUACAUUUUUGUAUAUGAGGACUGUGUAUUUUGUCCCCAUCACUUCAAUGGGAAGCUUAUUAGACAGGGAUCUCUUACUGACAGAAGGAAUGAGUACAGCAAGUCAAACCUGUUUCAAUGUUUGUGCCUACCUGACUAGUAUUUUAAGACAAACUUGAAACAUUUGGAAAAAAACUUGUCCUUUGAUUGUUAGGUAUGAAAAUGUAAACAUUAAACAUACUGAUUAUGGACUAGAAGCACAUCAUUAGUCAUGUGUUGACUCAUCAGUGAACCUUAGUGAUUACAUCUCCUGCCUCUGAUUCAAACACAAAGCUGCAUUAAUAUCUACAAUCACGGCUGCCCUUCUCUCAGAAGUAAUCUUACCGAGGUCGUGAAAUCAUGACUAUACAACCUUUGUAACUUGCUCCCAAGACAAGUUUGCUUUAAAAACCUUUAAACUCACCUUUAAAUGUUCAGCAGCACACCUGACAGGACAACAAGGACUACCCUGAAUAAAGCUAUCUCAGAUGUAUUACUGUUUUAGAAGCUGAUUAGCCCUGACUCACCCAGCACGACACAGUGAAUCCACUAUAUAUGGUUUACUCACCUUGUUUGACAGGGCAUACAGUACACUAAUAUAGGACAACACUUUGUUCAAAACAAAAAUCCAUAAUGUAUUUCAAGCACUUGGAAUGACUAAUGCAUCUCACAGUUUGAUAACCCUCCUGUCCUGUUAAACUGCAAUGCCAUUGGUCGUUAGAUUCCCAUGACAACAAUUUGUGAGCGAUAUACUGUAUAUUCUAAUAAAUUCGAUUUAGACAGCAUGUUUUAUCUAGCCUGUUAUCAAGUAAUAGUAGUUACAUUGAAUGCAGGUAUAUUUCUAAUUAAUGGGACAUUUCAAAAGUGCACUUAUUCAUUGUUUUUAGUAACGAAAAUAGGCACUGUAUGAUAACAGUAAUUAAUACAAUUUUUAAAGCAAAUAUAAUUCCAAUCCACUGAUUAUUAUGUAAUAGUUCUCUCUUACAUUAUGUAAGAGUUCUCUCUUACAUAAUAAUCAGUGGAUUGGAAUUAUAUUUGCGUGCAAUGUGGAAACCUGUUUGUAUGGACCACAUACUGUACCUGUAGUAGACUGAUAAGCACUUAAAUCAAGUGUACAAAGUAAAACGAGUGUACUUUGAAGAUAAAAAUUGUGUUUUUUAUGUACAUUUUUCUCUUGUCCCUUUUCAUAAAUUGGUUGAGAUUUGUGGCUGAUGGAAUAACAAAUAUUUCAUCAGUGAUAUGUGAAGAUUAACAGUUUUAUUUUAUUUUUGCAAUAUGUUCCAAGAUAUCUGCAAUUUUUCUUUUGCAAAUGUUCCAUAAUGUAUUAGUCACCACUUGCCUUAACAGAGUAGGUUUACUGUAUAUCAGAGAUGAAAGCUAAAUGUAAUCUUCCUUUAAAAUACAACAUUUUAUAUAAUCCUCCUUUACAUCUAAACUAAAAUCAGAUAAUAUUAUGCUGAGGGUGUUGACAUCUGAUCAAGUUACAGGAAGGAGUGAUAUUUAUCUUUAAAAAGAGCAUUUCUGUGGUAAUAGUAAAACAUUUUAAAAAGGUGAAAUGCUGUGAAACCUCAAUAUUUUGAUCCUUGUUUUUUUUUAAAUAGUUAUUGGCCAGCAAUAUGAUGACUUGCAAAAGAAAAAGUAUCUUCCUAUACUGGCUUGAUACUAAUGUUAAACCUAUACAGUACUUCCAAAGUCACUGUGAACAUUGGAACACAUGUUCAGGUCUGUGGGGAUUUUUGUGUGUAAAUGUGAAGGAUGUCCGACCUAUGCAUGUUGCAACACUCUUCUGUUUCCUACUGAUGUGCAAUUUUCAACACAAUUGAAGCGUUGCGGUACUUGCAGUGUUUUAAGACUUGAUCAAACUGCAGAUUUGAAUUCUCCAAUCAGACUUGUAACUAUUUUCAUUUCAAAUAAAAACACAGUUGUAAGAGGUGAUGUCCAAGCAAUAUGUUUUGGUCAACACAUUUAGCAUGUUCCCGUUUCAGUAAUUGCAGUAGUAAAGACAAUUUAUCAUUUAACUAUGAUUUCCCUAAAGGUGACAUAAUUGAUCCAAUAAAAAUAUGUAUUAAACCAAAAGUACGUCUUUCAACUACAUUUUCAGCAGUUAGUGUUUUCUACCUAAGUUCAUAUGCAUUGACAUUGUGUCCAUAUUCAGGGGCUGCAUCUUUGAGAGGAUGUUGACGUGGAGGUUUGUCCUUCAGAAAUGGUGAACUAGGUAAUCCUACAUACUGUUCAUCAGAAGGAAGUUUCCUGUAAACCACAGACAAAGUGUAAAUCCCAGUGAGGGACUGGAACCAGUUCAAUGAUGAGCUGUGGCUGAGUGCAGUUAAUGCAUGGUUUCCAUUAUGCAGUAUGCACUCAACAAUGGCUUUUCCAUUGAUCCAGCUUAAGUGAUGUAUUUACCAGUAAUUGAUGUCACACGAUUGCCUGCUUCCUUGUUGGUGACGUUCGCCUGAACAACUGACCUGCAUCAAGCAAAGACAUUUAGUUGGAAUUGUAAUACCUGAAUUUGGACACAGUUUACAUGUUUUUCAACAUGUUUUGUUUAAUACUAUGUUCUGCAAAUACUGCAAAUUGCAGAAAAAAUAAGCUAAUUUUUCUGCAAUUUGACUUAAUGCCCAUUUAUUGGUUAGAAAUAAUUACUUAAGCUAAACACACGUCUGUGUAAGUGAAUGAAUGAAGGGGAUAAGGAUUGACUAGAAAAACAAUCAUAAUAAUGGCUGUUGUAGUGUAUCCAAGAGCAAACGGUUUGUCUCUAUUUGAGAAUGCACCCUGUGAAUCUCACCAGUUCUUACCUUAAUUUUGCUGAAUAUGUAUAUUGUGUUACUUUGUAGAUUCCUUCUUCCAUCCUGGUCGAUGUGUGUGGCUUCAUGGAACACCUGCUCUUUGUAACCCUGCUGGUGUACCUGGUUGCACCUGGUGUGUUCAUUUUUCAUUUUAUUUUAAUUAGAAAAUUAGUUUCAUCAUUUUGUACACUGGGUCUUACAUGACAAUGUGAACGAUGUUUUGCUUUGAUCAUUUACAAAAAUGUACACAAGAAAUGUUUACAAAUAUUCAAUAACAAAAACACAAGUUUUCUUGUCUUCAGUUUUCAUUCUUCCUCGAAAGUUGACUGCACCUAAGGAUGUCCUGCUCUACAUACAUAUUAUCUUGUCUUUUUUGGGUUAUCUACUUCUGUUCAGCAUUAUUUGUCUGUUCAUUUGCAAGAUACCAUGCACUUAAAAUGAGACAUGUCUGAUUUCACAUUUGACUGUAGGUGCUGAUUUGUUCAGAUGGACACACAGGACACAUCUACAGGCUGUACAUAACAUCUUUUCAAAAUGAAAUUAAAAGGAAGACCAUUUUAAAAU